GUCAAAAAUGAAUACUCGUCCGCAGUCCUUCGUUCCGAAUCGCAAGAUCUGUCCGUCCUUGAAAUGUUACACUACCAUUUGGUCAUAGUUGCUUUCUGGCUAUUUUCGCAAGUAAACUGUGAGAUUUUUACAGCCUUGACCGAUCUUCGCGAACUUGUUAAUACAGAAGCAGUGUUUGUACAGACUUUGGAGAAUUACAUACGAGUGGAGGAGUUGAGGAUUGGUCGUCUUAAGAGAUAUAUUUACAGUCAUCACUAUGAAAAAGCUGCAAAAGAUGUUGAAUCAUAUGUUGGUAAUCCUGUGAAUGCAUAUAUCUUAAUCAAGCAGUUAAUUAUAGAUUGGGAAGAAGUGGAGUCAAUAAUACAGUCAAAUGCUGGUAAAGAUUACAUGAAAAAUCUUGUUGCUGCCAAAAUGAACAUGAAAUAUCCUACAGAAGAAGACUUAAAUGGUGCUGCAGUAGGUAUAUUUAGAUUGCAAGACACUUAUAACCUAGAUACUGCUUCACUAGCAAGAGGCGAGCUAAGGGGAGUGAAGUAUAGCUCAGAACUAACAGCAGCUGAGUGUUUCGAGCUAGGAAGACAGGGCUACAACAAUGAUGAUUUUUAUCAUACGAUAUUAUGGAUGCAAGAGGCCAGCAACAGGUUGAGUAAGGAACAAAAUAAGACAGCAAAGAGAAGUGACAUUUUCGAUUACUUAGCGUUCUCGAUAUAUAAAGAAGGAAACAUUAGUCUUGCCUUAGAACUAACAAACAAAUUAUUGGAAAUGAUUCCAAAACACGAGAGAGCACUAAAAAAUAAAGAGUAUUAUGAAAAACAGCUUCAAGAGUUCAAAGAAAAUCAAGGGAGUGGAAUAGAAGUGCAGGUAGAGAACGAAUUGAGCUAUAUGACAAAGAGACAUCAAUCGCUCUGUCGUGGAGAUCUGAAACUUCUAGAUGAGGUUAUCGCAAGACUGAAGUGUAGAUAUGUGACGAACAACAAUCCAUACCUUUUAAUAGGACCAUUCAAAGCUGAAGAUCUGCAUAUUGAUCCUGAUCUAGUCUUAUUCCAUAAUGUAGUAAGUGAUCAGGAAAUAGAAAAGAUAAAGAAACUGGCAAUACCAAAGCUUCAAAGGGCGCAAGUAGUGGAGCCUGCAACAGGUCAACUGAAGACGGUACAGAACAGAAUCAGCAAAUCAGCUUGGUUUGAAGAUAUUGAGCAUGAGUACGUUGCUGCAAUCAGUCAAAGAGUAGAAGAUAUGACCGGAUUAUCUGUAUCAACGUCAGAUCCGCUCCAGGUUGCUAACUAUGGCAUUGGUGGGCAUUAUCUUCCACAUUAUGACUUUGCACAGAAAGGCGAUGCGCCAUUUCCGAAAGGAGACAGAAUCGCAACAGUAUUGUUCUACAUGAGUGACGUUGAGCAGGGUGGGGCAACUGUCUUUCCUAUAACGGGUGCAUCUGUUUAUCCUAAGAAAGGUACUGCAGUAUUCUGGUAUAACUUGUUUCCUAGCGGAGAUGGGGAUAGUAGAACCAAACAUGCUGCUUGUCCUGUGUUGGUUGGCUCAAAAUGGAUAUUCACCAAAUGGAUCUACGACAGAGGUCAAGUGUUUUUGAGGCCUUGCACCCUUGAACGACCUCCAGAUGACCUAACAAUAUGAGUUAGUGUGAUUUUUUUUACAACUAC